AUGUGUGAUGCAAGUGACAUCGCAGUUGGGCCAGUUUUGGGUCAGAGAAAGGAAAAAUUCUUGUAUGCUAUAUCUACUAUGCUACUGCUGAAGGGUUGUAUAAGCGAUGUGUUCCAGAAUGGGAAGUCCAUGGUAUUAUCAAUAGGUGUCAUUCUUCACCUUAUGGAGAGGGCCAACACUAUCUCGAGUAGGCAUGAGAUGCCACAGAACAGGAUUCUUGAGGUCGAGAUUUUUGAUGUGUGGGGGAUAGACUACACGGGGCCGUUCCCAUCGUCCAAGGUACCAAGGGCAUUGAUCAGUGAUGGGGGAUCGCACUUCCAUGAGAAGCAUCUGGAUGCGCUCCUACGCAAAUAUGAGGUCUACCAUCGUACAAGACUAGCCUACCACCCUCAGGCGAGUGGGAAAGUUGAGGUCUCCAACCGGGAGAUCAAAUCUAUACUUGAGAAAGUGGUUGCAAAGUCUAGGAAGGACUGGAGCGACAAGCUUGAUGAUACUCUAUGGGCGUAUAGAACUGCUUUCAAGACACCUAUUGGUACUUCCCCGUAUCGGUUGGUGUAUGGGAAAGCAUGCCAUUUGCCGGUAGAAUUGGACUAUAAGGCUUACUGGGCGAUCAAGCAACUCAACAUGGAUUCUAGGCUAGCCGGUGAAAAGCGGCUACUACAGUUGAGUGAGCUAGAUGAGUUUACAUUGCAAGCCUACGACAGUGCCCAUAUCUACAAGGAAAAGAUUAAGCGAUUGGCACGAUAG